AUGCAGUUCAUCCGAAACAUUGUGUCCUUCUUCACCCUAUUGGGUUUGGCAGCGGCAGCAUACGAUCCGGCAUUCGACUCGCAAUGCGCUAGCGACGGUAUCUGCCUGUCGUCGUUCAAAUGGUGCAGAGACGAUGCCUUCAGGCCCUCUGGCGAUGAUUGCCACUGGCCGCAGGGCGCCAGCUCGUUGUGGGUAGGCGACGGCGGCGGCAGAACGGCCCUCUUAGACUCCGAGCCUGGGUAUGAAAUUGCCUGGCGGCAUGCCAACGGGUCGCUUCCCGUGACGAUCCGUUGGCUCAGCGGCUUGCCGGACCAGAUGCCGGAGAAGGAGGAUGAUCAAAGCUUGCGCACCAUCUACGAAACCAGGCCGGCGCAAGACCUGACAGCCAACAAGAGAAUGUCGGGCACAUACCGCUUCACGCCGCAGACGAUACUAGACGAGUACCAGGCGAACCGCAUGCCCAACGUGACGAUCGAGGCGGCGUGGCUCAUGGCCCGCACCUGGCGGAACGUCAUCACCAUCUCGCAGCCGGGCGCGUCAUUGGAUGGGCCGGCCGACUUCUCGCACAACUUUCUGCUAGCGGAUGCGGAGCUCAAGGGUCUGCUCGCGGACAGGCGACGGGCGUCUGCGCGGGACCUUGGCGCGAGCCAGAAGAGGUGGGGGAUCGGUGUCGGCGUCGGUGUCGGGAUCGGCUUGCCGCUGGUCGUGGCGCUCACGUGGAUUGCGGCGCGUCGUAAGGCGACGGGCAGGAAGGUCUGGAGUGUGCGAUCGUCUGAUAAUGUCAAGUUUGGUAGGGCGAGUGCGUGA